AAUUAGGGCUAGGGGUGUACAGGCAACAACGCUGACCCCUGACCUUGUCUUCUCUCCCAGCUCCUCGUUCGACUGACGACGGUGGUGACCGACGAUUGACGUCCGACGACUGACGACCUACGGUGCUGCCCUGCUUCUUGGUGACGACUGACGCUUCUCAAGACCUCAUAUCGAAGUCUUGGUUACCUCCACAGCUUUGGAGGAAGCUCUUCACUUUCUCUUAAAGUGAAAUCACUGAGCCGAAGAAUUCAAGAAAGAAGACCAAGAAGAUGGGUAAUCAGAAGCAAAAGUGGACGCAAGACGAAGAAGACGCGCUCAUAGCCGGCGUGGAAAAACACGGUCCAGGGAAGUGGAAGAACAUUCUCAAAGACCCCCAGUUUGCACCAUUUCUCACUUCACGUUCCAAUAUCGACCUCAAGGAUAAAUGGCGAAAUUUGAGUGUUAGCAAUGGCACUCAAGGAUCUAAGGAAAAAUCUAGGGUUCCUAGAAUCAAGGGUGGGGCCCCUAUUGCUGCUUCCCCAGUUGCUGCUGCUGCUAGUAAUGCCAUUGUUGUUGCCGGGGAAGAUGCUACUAUUGUCACCACUAUGAUUCAUCAACCUGAUCCUUCUGUUGCUGUGGGUGAUUCCUCUCAAAAUGACGAAGAUGCCAAGAAUCGUCCGAGGUACAAUGCAAUGGUUUUAGAAGCUCUGUCAGCUUUGAAAGAUGCUAAUGGAUCUGACCUGAAUGCCAUUGUUAACUUUAUUGAGGUCAGAUUGUUUUUUAUCGUAAUGUUUUCAAUACAUCCAUAUCAAGGGAAACUUGAAAAGGUACAAAACUGUUACAAGAUUAAAAAGGACUAUUCACCUGUGCCAAAAUCACCAGUUGCUGUGAAAAAGAAUGUGUGGCCACAACGGCAACAACCACCACCACCCCCCGAGUUUGUGGCAUCUAAUGAGACAAUAAAGGAAGCUGCUGAAACUGCAGCCUACAGAAUUGCCGAGGCCGAAAGCAAGUCAUAUUUAGCCGCCGAAGCAGUCAAGGAGGCAGAACGAAUUGCACGCUUAGCUGAAGAUGCUGAGGCGAUGUUACAGCUAGUACAACAGAUUUAUGAUGCUUGUUCGCGUGGUGAAGCUGUCAUCUUGGCAUCUUAAGUUGGGUCUAUCAAUGGACUCCUGGAUUUUGCUCUCUGUAAAAAUAGUUGUUCAUAUAUCGAAUUUCAUUUCUUGAAGCUGCA